AUGAUUAAAAAGACUCAAGAGUUUGAUUAUUUAUACAAAUCAUACUUUUCAUUACUCUAUAGCUUAUCAUGGAAUAAUUCUUGCUUUUGCAGCUAUCUCUUCUUAUAUAUCAAAUUCUAUGCAAAGGGCUGCUUGCUCCACGCGAAAACUAGCACUAAUCCAUCUAUGAUAAUUUUAAUUAAGUUUAAGAACCAAGCUCAGCUGAAGCUAAAUACCAAUGCUACAUCUGCUCUCUGUCUUAAUAAAUAA